CCCGGCGCGGUGCCGUCAGUUCCGGCGGGCCGCACCGCCCCGCUCAUUCUCUUUGGUGUUUGCCCUGUGCCGCCCCGCCGGUCCCGCCCGGCCCAUGGACUGAGCGACCCCCGCCCACCCCGGCCCGGAGCCGAGCUCAGCGCAGGCAUUCUCCAUCAUAAAUAUCCUAUUUAGAACUAAAUACAAAUCUUCACUCUCUGGAUCUCCUAAAGGUCAGCAAUUUGGCUUCCAAAAUUGGAGUUUGUCUGCGUUCAAAGCUGUUUGCCUACAGUAAUCUGCUCUGGUUGGAAGUGAACAUGUCUCAAGUUCAGAUUCAGAAUCCUUCUGCUGCCCUUGCAGGGAGCCAAAUACUGAAUAAAAACCCAUCUCUUUCACAGCCUUUGAGUAUUCCUUCUACUACCAGUUCUUUGCCCUCUGAAAAUGCAGGCAGACCUAUCCAGAACUCUGCUUUGCCCUCUGCUUCAGUUACAUCCACCAAUGCAGCUGCAGCUCCUUCAAACAUGGCAAACCCCAAAGAGAAAACCCCCAUGUGUCUUGUGAAUGAAUUAGCCCGUUUCAACAAGAUUCAGCCUGAGUAUAAGCUUUUGAGUGAGCAAGGUCCAGCUCAUUCUAAGGUGUUUACAGUGCAGCUGACUCUUGGGGACCAGCAUUGGGAAGCUGAAGGAACUAGUAUAAAAAAAGCUCAACAUGCAGCAGCUGCCAAAGCUUUGGAAGGGACAAAAUUCCCUAAACCUACGGCUCGUCCAUCUCGUAGUGAAGGCAAGAAUCCAGACAGUGUAACCCCCACAGUGGAGUUGAAUGCUCUUUGCAUGAAGCUGGGGAAGAAGCCCAUGUACAAACCCAUCGACCCUUACACGGGGAUGAGAUCCACCUACAGCUACACCAUGCGAGGUGGCACCUACCCCCCACGGUACUUUUACCCAUUUCCUGUUGGGCCUCUACUUUAUCAAGUGGAGCUUUCAAUUGGAGGGCAGCAGUUUCAUGGGAAGGGAAGAACAAGACAAGCUGCUAAGCAUGAUGCAGCUGCUAAAGCUCUGAAAGUUCUGCAGAAUGAGCCCUUGCCUGAGAAACCAGAGGUUAACGGAAAAGAACCAGAUGAUGAAAAUCUCAAUAAAUCUGAAAUAAGCCAAGUUUUUGAGAUUGCACUUAAAAGGAACUUGCCUGUGAAUUUUGAGUUUUUCCCUCUGAAACAGGUGACCAAGGAAAGUGGUCCUCCCCAUAUGAAGAGUUUUGUAACCAAGGUAUCAGUUGGAGAAUUUAUGGGUGAAGGUGAAGGAAAGAGCAAGAAGAUCUCAAAGAAGAAUGCUGCAAUAGCAGUCCUAGAAGAACUGAAAAAAUUGCCCCCCCUUCCUACAGUUGAGAAAAUGAAGCCACGAAUCAAAAAGAAAACAAAAUCAAUAGUGAAGCUGCAAACAAGUCCAGAAUACGGUCAAGGAAUGAAUCCCAUUAGCAGACUUGCCCAGAUACAGCAGGCCAAGAAGGAGAAGGAGCCCGAGUACAUGCUCAUCACAGAACGGGGGCUGCCCAGGCGCAGGGAGUUCGUCAUGCAGGUGAAAGUUGGUGUACACACAGCUGAAGGAAUGGGCACAAACAAAAAGGUUGCUAAACGCAAUGCAGCAGAAAAUAUGUUAGAAAUUUUAGGUUUCAAAGUCCCUCAACCUCAGCCUCCAAAACCAGCAUUAAAGACAGAAGAGAAGACCCCAGUGAAGAAACCAGGUGAUGGAAGAAAAGUAACCUUCUUUGAGCCGGGCUCUGAAGAGACUUCAGCUAGAGGACUCUCAAACAGCAGCUCUUCAGUGUGCACCUCUCUCCUCCCAGGUAAUAAAGAAGAUGAGUUUAGGAUGCCUUAUCUCAGCCAUCAGCAGCUUCCUGCUGGAAUUCUUCCCAUGGUUCCUGAGGUUGCACAGGCUGUAGGAGCCAAUCAAGGACACCACACCAAAGAGUUCAGUCGGGCAGCUCCCAACCCCGCCAAGGCCACGGUGACGGCCAUGAUCGCCCGGGAGCUGCUCUACGGGGGCACCUCUCCCACUGCUGAGACCAUCCUGAAGAGCAGCAGCUCCUCAGGACACUUCCCCCACGGGCCUCUGACCAGGCCCUCCGAGCAGCUGGACUAUCUUUCCAACGUCCAAGGAAUCCAGGUUGAAUAUAAGGACUUUCCAAAAAAUAACAAGAACGAGUUUGUAUCUCUUAUAAACUGUUCCUCUCAGCCACCGCUGAUCAGUCAUGGGAUUGGGAAGGAUGUGGAGUCCUGCCACGACAUGGCUGCAUUGAAUAUAUUAAAGUUGCUGUCUGAGUUGGACCAACAAACCACAGAGAUGCCAAGGACAGGAAAUGGACCAAUGUCUGUAUGUGUGAAACAAGAAAUGGAAAGUGACCCUCUCCUCAAACCGGCGAGUGCAAACCCUUUGGGACAAACACUGGACAGCACUGCCUGAAACAGGCUCUUGACUGAACCCAAACCUGAAAGCACCAGAGAAAAUCAAAUGCUUCCUCUUAAUGUAACCUAACUGUUGGAGUGCUACAGUCUCUACAACCUACUGUAGUGUCUAAAUCAUAACUGUUGCUUUUUCUUCAAACAGUGAUACAUAUUUAGUUUCAUUAUGUUGUUUUGAUUGAAAUGACACUAUACAUUUUUCAUUUAAAAGUUUCUUAAUUGUAUCUAGAACCAUAGCACAGUUUAGAAACUUUGUCUUCUGAGACUGACAUGUUACUUGUGAACUAACUUGGGAAGAUCAUAUCCAUGUAUGUGGUUAUUUUGGUUUUAUUGGAAUAGCAGCGUUUCACUGGAAACAGGCUGUGUACCACCAUUUUAAAAAGCCCCAUAUUUUUGCAAACCAGCCCUAAUUAUCUAAUGGUUGAAUGAAUUUAAACACUUUAGGCAUUUUAAACUUGGUUUGAUCAUUUUUGGUUAAUUUCUAGUUUUCUUGAGUGUGGGGUAGGGGAACUCGAAUGCAACGUGACUUUCAGUGAUCUCUGAGCUGUGUUUUAGGGACUGUGUGUUGGUGGCUCACAGCUCACUACAGCACAGGAUAUGAUCUCAGUGUAGUGCAUAUGAAACUGCAGAUUGAUUUUCCUUGAGUGCUUUAUACUGUUUAAUUACAUCUCCAUGUAGGGCUGAAAAAAAUUACCUAUGUUUAUAUAUAACUGUGUUGCUUUUGAUGUUGUGUUCCUGCGCACGGUCGGUGCGCGCUGAGGUUUGCAUUGGUCCAGGUACAGCACGAUAGCCGCGCGAGUUCAGUACUGCUUCCGUUCAUUGUUUACGCUGGAAUUUUUUCUCCCCAUGGAAUGUAAGUAAAACGUAGUGUUUGUCACCAAUAAAUGGUAAUACUAAAUUUUUUUGGUUAGUUUAUUCCUGUACACCACCACAGGGGCUGCUUUUUUAUAGAUUUGUAAUGCUUGUGCUCUAGUCUGGGCAGUGUGUUGAGCUGUGGAGUAACUUCCAGUGGUUCUCGAGUGCAUAGAGAAUGUUCUAUGUUCUGUGCUGUGCAGAGUGUGCAGACCUGGCAGGGCAAGGGAAUGCAAAGUAACGUGGGUACAGUUUGUUAUUUGUGCCACAGUGUUAGUGCAGCUGUAUUAAUGGGAGCUCAAACUGGACUUUAAAGUGAAACUUCAAAGUUCGCUUAAACGAGGAACCUGGCACAGCCAGUGGAUGGAACUUCCUCGAAGUAGAGAUUUAAACUCUGUUUCCUUGUUUGCUUGCAAGCUGAGCCACAGCCUUGCGUUGCCUCAGCGAUGCUGGGGGCAGUGCUGCAGGGCAGAGCUUGGCUCCUGCAGCAGCACUGGCCCCAGCACUGGCCCCGCAGGCUGACACGUGUCGGUGUCUCGUCCAGUGUGAGCUACGGUCAGUGUUUACUUACCUGUGACCUGCAGGAGCAGUUCCUACACCUGUGAGCAGCGCCCACGGGAACUUCUGCCACAGAGGGCAGUUCCUGCAGGUGCUGUCUCAGAGCUAAAUGUCUUGGCCAUUUUAUUUGCAUCAUCUAAAGCAAUCGGGCCACAGGAACUGCAGACCAGAUUGCAUUGAAUCACGUUGGGUGUGAUCAUUAUAAGCUAAAAACCCCCAAACAUUGUAAAGGUUUUUUUGGUUUUAAUUUUUUUUACAUUUGUAGAACUAAAAUGCUGUACAUUUAAAAAUUAAAAGAAACUUGCUAGGCUGAGGCUUUGUAUUGCAAAUUUUUCCAACUCAGAAACUCCUUACUAAACCAUUCCUAUUGUAAAGCAGGGAGCGCACUGGCAGCAGUGGGCCCAGGUUCUCCAUACCUUCAUCUGCUGCACUUGACUUUUCUCUUCGGAUGGGACUAGAGCCUGCUCUUGGGACUCUUCUACAGCAGUCACUUGUGGCUAAUGCUGUGUUUUAUAGGAGCCUGGGUUAAGGCACUUUGGCACAGGGAGCUGUUCAGUGCUGUUAAACACCCUGAUCCCCUCUUGGGCUGUGUAAGAGAAGUGUCUCCUCUCCCAGACCUUGCUGCAAUCACAGCCUCCUGGUGGGACACUCCGUGGCACCGUGUGGAUUCUGGGUAAGCUGACAUGAGCUCUGGAUAAAAGUGGGGCUUUGCCUGAGUACUACAGUCCCUUGCUUUUCCUGUUGUCUCCUCUGUGCCUGGUGCAGCGAAGGCAGAAGACACAGCUGAAAGUGUUCUUGUUUCUCCUCAGAACUGCCCCCUCAUUAUCCCAGCCUUUUAACCUUGCAGCCAUUCUGCACGCAGAGAUGCCCAGGUCAGGGCAGGGAGGGCUGGGCUCACCACCUUCCACUCCUGGUUUCAGUGCCUGAAGGCCUGACUCCCCAAGGAAGAAAUAUGGCUUUGUGAUCCAUCAGUCUUGGUUUCAGGAUUAAGAGCUGAAAGAAUUUGUGCCAAAUUUUUUGGGAAUAUUGACCUGCAAGAUAGCUAAAAUGCACCUUUUAAUUCUUAUAAAAGGCUCUGUAGGAGAGCUGAAUGGGAAUGGGAAGCAGCCUGGAACCAUGGCAGUAAUCUACCCUGUGAAUUUUGUGUUUGGGAUUUUUCCUAUUCUAAAAGAACAGUGCAUGUGAUAUGGCAGAAGCUCAUGAAGCUGUUUUUCCAGCCCCCAUCAGUGUGCUGACUAGUCAAUUUAUUUUGACUAUCACAGUGAAGCUGCUGACCCAACAGUUCAGGGAGAUCUUUUAAUGGCUUUCUUGAUGCCUUUUUUAAAAAUAAAGUCUAUUUGCUGGAAAAUCACAAUCUGUAUUAGAAACGUCAAGAAUAUUGUAGGCAUUUGGUGCUGAUUUUCUGGUUCAGGUUAUUAUGUUGGGAAAGCAACAUAAAGCAGAGGUUGUAUCCCAACCAAAGUUUAGAUUUCUUCAUAGUGAGUUCUGUUUUUAAAAGAACCCUGAACAUAAAAGUGUAGCAGUUAAGAGGAUGGCACAUGAAACAUUUGUUUAGCAAUUCAAGAACAGUUCAUCUUUUCCCGUCUCCCCUGCCCAGAGAAAAGAAUGGUUCUGUGCUGGCACACAUGAGCUGGCACAUGGGAGGUGCUGACAGAAUCCCUGUGAGGGCUGGCAGAGAAUACAAAUAUAUUCUUCGGGGCUGUGGUACUUUAAAAAGAAAUAAAUGUGUCUUUUAGCCAUUUCCUCUAACCCUGGGCACGCCUGUGAGGCUGGGCAGGGCAGGGGAGUGUCCCCUGAUGUCCCGGGAUGGGCUGUGGGGCACCAGAGCUCCCGCUGCACUGCAGGGGAACAAGGAGGAGAACUGGGUCUGGAGACUUUUGCUGCCUCUUGAGGAACUUCCUGAGUCCAAUGAGCCUGACUGAGCUGAAGAACUCAUUUAGCUAAAGAUAUUUCCCACCUGGUUUUGCCAAGAAUAAAACCCAAACGUAAAUUUGAAUAAAUUUAAUACUAAGUUCUGCUGCAGCUGUUGACUAUCUCAGACCCCCCCCCAAUUUCCCUUCCUUGCCAAGCUAGGCAGCUCAAAUCACGUUUACAGUUCCUUUUGCGUUGUGCAUGUGACAGGGGUUUGCAGUGUAACAAGAUUAGUUUUCCCUGUAAUCCUCUUAAAAUGUCCUUCCUUUGAUUGUCUUUUCAUCUUUUGGUGUUCUGGUACUUGGAUUAACAGCAUUGAGAUUUAUUCCACAAGUCUUGUUUGAUAAGCUGCUUUCAAAAAUUAUUUGCCUACAAACACACUUAAUUUGGAAAAAGCAUUUUAACAGGAGCUGAAUUAAGCAGUGUUUAUUUUACAAACAGAAAAAAAGCAAAGCGUGGAGCCAUGACAGGAUUCUGAGCCAGUCUGGACCAGAGCUUCUUCUUGCAGGACAGAGCUCUUCCUCUCCUGCGUUUAGUCCCAGCUGCUGUAAAGGCUUCUGGCUUUGUUCCUCUCCCUGCUCGUGCCCCUGCGUGACUCCAUUUCAGCCCCAUCUCUUCCGCUGGUGUUAUUCCAGAGACAGAAGUUCCUGCCUUCUCCGGGAGGGCACAGCCCGGGCCCGGGCGGUGGCAACUCCUGCAGCGCGGGCGGCUCCGGUGGCCGAGCCCGAGCUGCCCGCGCCGCUGCCUCGGGGAACACGGCAGUGCUCAGGGCUGGCAAGCAGCACGGCUCCCAGAGCCGCGGGACUGCGCUCACAUCCCCUUUCCAAGGCGAAUUUUUAGAUACAAAAAUCACCACUCACGGCUGUGCUUAGGUUACAAACUGGGCUGCUUUCAUUCAAGACACACCCUUUGCUUUGUCACGUUACUCAGUGGCAAACUAUUUAACGCAACAUAAUUUAUUUAUCGAAAGCGCCUAAAAGCCAAGAACCUGUGCCGUGUACCCCAGACAGGGGCAGGGCCCCCGACACAGCCCCGAGCCGAGCGGGCUGAGCGGGCGCACCCACGGCGCUGCCGCGGCUGCGGGCUGGCAGCUCGGGGGAGCACGGCCGUGCCUUUGGACAAGGCACUGAGGAUCUUUUAACUGCUGUUUUUUAUUUUAGUUUGUAAAAGAAAAUUAAGUGUCCAAAGCCACGCUCGGCGAUACCAAACGUACCGAUACCCCGGGUUCCGCUGCUCGCCCCCUCCGCCUGCCCCCGGCCGCCUUCACCCGCCCACAGCGCAGCCGGGCCCGGCCAUGCGGCGCAGAACCCGGCCCGCGCGGUACAGCGAAAUGGCGGCGCCUCCCGCGGCUCCGAGCUCGCCACAGCUGUGGGCGGACGGGCGGCCCGGCCCCUCGCCGUGAGCCGGCCCCUCGCCGUGAGCCGGCCCCUCGCCGUGAGCCGGCCCCUCGCCGUGAGCCGGCCCCUCGCCGUGAGCCGGCCCCUCGCCGUGAGCCGGCCCCUCGCCGUGAGCCGGCCCCUCGCCGUGAGCCGGCCCCUCGCCGUGAGCCGGCCCCCCGCUACUGAUGCAGCAGGGGCGGCUGCGCAAGGCCCGCGGCUCCGCCCGGCAUGGCGGCGAUGGCGGCGCCGCGGGGCGGGCUCAGGGCGGAGCAUGCGGAGCCCAUAAAUUUCCUCGCGCGGGGCUCUGCGGCCUCUUGCUCCGGAUCGACGGGGGACGGUGGAGCCCACGGCGCCUGCGGGAGCCCCGUGCCCGGACCCAGGCCGGCGAUGGGGGCGCUUCCCCGGCGAGGGCCGGCAGGCCCGAGCCUCUGCCGGGACCAGACGGGCACUGAAGGCAGAAGUAGGGGGCUGAGCCUUAAAGAGACCUGAAGUUCGGGCUGCAGCUGACAGUGAAGAGGUGUGUGAUGUGGGCAGUUGUCUGGUUUGCUCCACCAUGCCUGAGUCUCUAGCAAAUAAUGGGCACUGAAGGUGGAAGUGGGUUGAGCCUUUGGGAGACCUGAAGUUAAAGCUGCAGCUCACAAUGCAGAGGUGUGGAUGAGGACAUUGUCUGGUUUGCUCCAACAUGUGUGCCCCUUUGUCGGGGGAGAAUGGUUGAGAUUUAUAAAGAUUUGUCCUGGGGCCUGCUGGAGUUGGAGUGUUCUGCUUAAGAAGAUGGAUGGUUCUGCUGCUCCCAUGCUGCUGCCUGGCAUCCUCAUUCAAGCCACAGCAUUCCCAUACCCUGCAAUAGCUCUGACCUCGAAGCUGUCAGGAGUGAUGGAUUUGUGUAUUGCCAGCUUAGGUGGAGGGUGUAACAUUUUCUGUUCCCUGAGUACAAGGCAUGUAACUGGAAUGGGUUCUGGAAGUUUCUGCAUGUUUAAUGCAGUUAGAUGCUUUUGUCUGCAGGGGCUGCAUUCCCUGCCUGGCAGCUCAUGUUGUCCUGCCACAGUCAUGCAAGGCAAGGAAGCCUUUCCUGGGAGCAGCUGUCCGGUAUUGGGAGGAUGGCCUUGUGUGAAAGGGAGUCAGGACUUGCUUCUCCCCUGCCAUCCAGAAAGCUGCAGGGGUGUGAAGUGGGCAAGAGGUGUCUGGGAUGCUGCAGCACAGUGUGUUUCUGUACUGUUGAAAGCCUGGUUUUAAUAAAAUCUUAAAUAAUGGGUUGA